CAGCAGGACAAAGUACGAACGGGUAUAAAAAGAGGAAAGUCGAUGACCACGUCUCAGUCGCUGGCAGGAACUGAGACAAGUCAGUGAGGCUUCAGCACAGAACAGAACAAUGAAGGUGUUGGUCUUGGCAGUAAGUGUGGCCCUGCUGUUUACAGCUGGUGAAGCCCUGGACUGCCACAGGUGCGUCUCGAGAACGGCUGGAGCAGGCUGUGAGCUCACUGUAGAGACCUGUAAACCAGGGAAGGAUGGCUGUGCUGCUGCCAGGUUCCUCAGACCACCACAUGGCCAGUUCCAGAAAUGCAUGGCUAUGUCAGACUGCCAGAUGCUGAAGAUGAACGCCUACAUCAACAUGAAGUGCUGUAGCGACGACAUGUGCAACACUUUGUGAAAUUCAGUAUGAAAAUCUAUGGAAAUGACAACGUGCCGGGAGCAUCUUUGAGCAAGGCACUUUAACCCAGUGACUCCCUCAGACUGUGGCUCCUACAGGUGGCUCCCAGGUGUGAACACAUGUAUGAAUUCAAGUUUAUAAAGUUUCCUUUGACAAAUAAAGUUGAAUGAAAA